AUGGGCCGCUCGUACGGAGGCCGGGUGCUGGCCGCGAUGACCCUGCUGGGCAUCCCAGCCGCCGUGCUGGUCGCGCUGGCUGCGCAGCUGCUGUUCCAGCUCCAGGCGGGGCGCGCGGAGCUGCGGGGUGUGCGCACCGACGUGCUGCAGCCUGAGCUGGACCCCGACGCGGGACUACCCGAAGCUGCGGCUGGGGCAUUGCUGCCGCUGGCGACUGCGCUGGCCGCGCUGGCGCAGGUCCUCGGGCUUAGCUGCCUGCUGCUCGCCGCGCUCUGCGGACACCUGGGCGCCGAGCUGGCACGCGGGCCGGGGCCGGGCAGGUCGGACUGGUUUCUGUUUGACUGCCGUUUCCUCAGGCACUCGGCGCUCGGCCUGUUCUGCUGUGGGGUCUCCGUCUACUUAGCAGCACUGGCCAUUUACACCCUGCUGCUCUUCGAGAUCGAGGCAGGUGCAGCGGCCGCAUCUAUCCUGGGCUCAGGUGCCCUGGUCCUGGUGGCGGUAAUGACUCACACCCUGCUCCGGGCUGUUCGGGCCACUCGCCGGGGUCUCCACGAGCUGUCCCCACCCUCCUUGGAAGAUGAGCCAGCCCGACCUUCAGAAGACUCCAAAGUUGGCUGCAGGGCUCAGCCCCAGCAGGGUACCCAUUGCCAGACCCCCUAUGCCCCAUCCCGGGAACCUGGGGACCCCCCUGGGACCACUGGUAUCACAUCCACAGUCCUGGGGAAAGCCAGUGAACACGGUCUGCCUGCUUCUCCCCGGCCCCAGACACGAUUGGCAGGCACAGGCCACUGGGAUGGGGUCACUCACGAGAUGCGUAGCAUGCUGGGCCACAGGCCACUGGACAUGGGGAAGGACGCCACGCUGGUGUGAGCUGGGGGUCAGGGGCAAGAUGAUAAAACGGUGACACCACAGAGCAGGUCCAGCUCAGCUACUGUAGCCAUUGGCCUUCUUCCCUCCGAGUUUAUGGAAUCCUUGACUUAUGUCAAAGUUGCCUCAUGACCCAAAACAGCUGCCAGUACUCCAGCCUUUACCUCUUACUUGCUAAGAGGGAUAACAAAGGUCAGGGAUGGGUAGGUCUUCUAAAGGCCUUUGAGACCUGGGGACCUUUUGUCUGCAUCUCACUGGGCAGACAUCGACAAACAACCAGCCCUUUAUAUAGGGAGGUCUGUGGAAUGUGAACAAAUGAGGUUCUUUUACAGAUGGGAGCGGAGGACUGGGCUUCGGUUCUGACUCUCACUGGUUCUCU